UAUCGAGCUACUAAUUCUUAAACAAUUUUAGUUUAGAAAUAUCUUAAUUAGUUAUAUAAAUUAAUAGUUCUUCAUAAAAAUGGACCGGCUAAUAAGAAUAAGUGCUAGACAAAGGUUUCAAACUCUUCUGCCUACUUACAAUCGAAACUCAAAUUUGUUAUCACAAAACUUUUUGUUUCAUCGUAAUAAUAAUUAUGCGCUUGAAAGUUGCAUGUGCUAUUCGAGUGGUCGACGGCCUGGAUUCUUCUCUUCCUUCAUUGAAAAUAUCAAACAAGAAUAUGAUAAGAAUAAGGAAAUGAAAGAGAAUCUUAAGAAAUUCCGUGAAGAAGCUGAGAAACUUGAACAAUCAGAAGCUUUAAAAAAUGCUCGACAAAAGUUUUAUUCAGUGGAAUCGGAGGCGUCGAAAGGCUCAGAAGUAUUAAAGGAAAAAUUUGGAUCAGUGAAAGAUAAAUUUGAAGAUGUGAUUGAAGAAGUUGGUAAAACAGAUCUCGCCAAGAAAGCAUCAAAAAUUGGUGAAGAUUUUUCAAAAUCAGCAAAAGGCGUCACAGAUACAAUCAGCGAAAAAACAGCCGAGCUAGGGAAGAGUCAAGCGUUCCAAAGCAUCUCACAAGCAACUGCAGUAGUUCGAGAAGAAAUUGAUAAUCAAAGUAUCAAUGCGAGAGUUUAUCGUGCUCCUAAAAAACUUCGGAAACGUGUUGAAUUCUCAGACCUUAAUGAUGAUCGUACAUUCGAAGCUAACACUGACGAUACCGGGAUUGAGCUUCAUAAAGAUUCCAAAUUCUAUCAAUCAUGGGAGAAUUUUAAGAACAACAAUCAAUAUGUCAAUAAAGUUCUCACUUGGAAAAUGCAAUACGACGAGUCAGAAAAUCCAGUGAUAAGAGCAUCACGUCUACUCACUGAUAAAGUCAGUGACAUAAUGGGUGGAAUGUUCUCUAAAACUGAACUUUCAGAAACACUCACAGAAAUUUGUAAAAUCGAUCCAAACUUUAACGAGAAAAGAUUUUUAAGGGAAUGUGAAAAUGACAUCAUCCCGAAUAUUCUCGAAGCAAAGGUGAGAGGAAACUUGGAUAUUCUUAAAGAUUGGUGUUUUGAAAGCACUUACAACAUCAUAGCAACGCCAAUACAAGCUGCGAAGAAGCUCGGAUAUUAUCUCGAUUCAAAAGUUCUCGAUAUUGAGAACGUAGACCUUGCCAUGGGAAAAGUUAUGGAACAAGGACCAGUACUAAUAAUAACAUUUCAAGCACAACAAAUUAUGUGUGUACGUGACAGUAAAGGAAACGUCGUUGAAGGGGAUCCCGAGAAAGUGAUGCGUGUUAGUUACGUGUGGGUGUUGUGUCGUGAUCCAACUGAUUUAAAUCCACGAUCUGCAUGGAGAUUAAUGGAACUUUCUGCAACAAGUCUUGAACAAUUCCUCUAAACACGAUCAGAGUGCGACAGAAACAAAUAAUUUACACAAAAUUGUGAUUACUUUUGUGUUGUUUGUGCAACGACAAAAUCACUCAAGAGAUGUCAAACCGGAACUGAAUUUCUUCAAAUAAUUGUUAUUAUUUAUUUAAGAGAAACAUUACGAAGUUCUUCAAGUUGCAAUUCAUGAUGAAAAUGUUGGAUGGAGAGAUAUUUAAUUAUAAUAAAUUCGAUAGAAAACUAUCAGUGAUUAGUUUAUGUUUGAUUGAGGAAAUUUUCAUGUUGAGAGGGGAGUGUGACUAAGUAGAACUUUUCAAUUAGAAGAACUUGAAUUAAUUUAAUUUAAUUAAACACUAAUGACGCACCUUUCAUUAAUAAUUCCAGCUCC